ACACUCUCAUUCCUCCUCGCCGUCGCCGUCGCCGUCGCUCUCCCCCCGCCCCGCUUUACUCCACCCAAAACCGCGCGCCGUCCACCACCCAGACCCCACCCUCUCCCCCUCCUCGCCGGCGAUCCCCACCUCCUCUCCCCUCCUCGUUUCGUAGCUCGAGCAGAUGGAUCCUUCGGAGUCGGACGGUGACGCCAGGAAAACCAACAAGCCCAAAUAUUCCAAGUUCACGCAGCAGGAGCUUCCAGCAUGCAAGCCACUGCUGACACCUGGAAUUGUCAUUGCUGCCUUCUUGCUCAUCGCGUUCCUGUUCAUUCCGAUCGGGGUUGUGACUCUGAAUGCGUCACUGCAGGUUGUCGAACUGGCGGAGAGAUAUGAUAUGAGUUGUGUGCACACGGAUGACAAGAUCAGGUUCAUUCAGAACUCCAAGAUUGACAAGACGUGCACGCUCAAUUUCACUGUGCAUAAACACAUGAAGAGUCCAAUCCAUGUGUAUUACCAGAUUGGCAACUUCUACCAAAACCAUCGAAGGUAUGUGAAAAGUCGAAGUGACAAACAACUGCGGUAUAAGAAUGCAGCGCAUUUAACAAAAGAUUGUUAUCCUGAAGAUAACGCUCAUGGGGCUCCUAUUGUUCCAUGUGGCCUUGUUGCUUGGAGUUUCUUCAAUGACACAUAUACAGUCAAGGUCAACGGGGAGACUAUUGAAGUGAACAAAAAGGAUAUAGCAUGGAAGAGUGACAAGAAUAAUAAAUUCGGCAGUGAUAUCUAUCCUAGUAACUUCCAGAAGGGGGGUCUCAUAGGUGGUGCUAAGCUGAACGAGAGCAUACCAUUAAGUGAGCAAGAAGAUCUCAUUGUUUGGAUGCGAACUGCUGCCCUCCCAACUUUCAGAAAGCUAUAUGGCAGAAUUGAGAAAGAUAUCAUGGCAAAUGAUACUAUAACUGUGGUUAUACAGAACAACUAUAACACAUACAGUAUCGGAGGAUCAAAAUCGGUGGUCCUUUCUACUGCAUCUUGGAUUGGAGGGAGAAAUAACUUCAUUGGUAUUGCGUAUUUGACUAUUGGUGGUUUAUGCCUUUCCCUUGCUCUGGGCUUCAUAGUUGUUCUGUACAUGGUGAAGCCAAGGACUCUUGGAGACCCAUUGUACAUGUCAUGGAACAGAGAUGGAUAGAUAUACCCUUCUGCAUCAAAACUAAUAGACUGAAGUUCGCUUUCUUGGGAAUAAAAGAGCAUUUCAGUGGGUAAAUUUCUUCCAGUUGGAUCUGUGGCUGUUUGUUCUUAUUCCCAUUCAGUGCGCUUGUGAUGGCUUAUAAGGAUGAUGAUCUUAUUUCCUUUGGAGCCGUGGUAGCGUGAUACAUAUAUGAGGCAAAAUGUACUGUAAUCUGCUGUCUUAAAUCUUAUCUGACCAUGCUAAGAGUUUCUGAGUUCUGACUAUGGAGUAUAAGCUAUAACAAAAGUGCCCCUCUGGUAGCAGAUAUUUAUAGUUGCGCUUGCAGUUCC